AAGCAGAGUACAGGGCAGUGCUGGUGACUAGGUGCUCAGUGCUGCGGCAGAUCGGAGUGGGAUUGAGUAUUGGUCUCCGCACACACAGGCGGCGGUCACGGAUACAGCGGACGGGUUACUACACUAUCACUCUGUCCCCUCCCUCCCGGUUACUCAGUUCGAGGAUGAGGCUGUCUCCGCGGGCAGCUGUGCCGGUCCCAGAGAUCAUCUGCCGCCGCUGCAGCAGCGGGGUGUGCGGCAACCAGGAUUUGGGCAUCAGAGUUCCUCGACCUUUAGGACCAGGGCCUAGCAGAUUCAUCCCAGAAGAAGAGAUUCUCCAAGUGGGAACAGAGGAUGCCGGUAUACACUCCGUGUUUGCUAAUGCUUUUGCAGAUAUGGGCCGACUGGAUAAUAUAACCUUGGUGAUGGUUUUUCACCCCCAGUAUUUGGAGAGCUUCCUUAAAACACAACAUUACUUGCUGCAAAUGGAUGGCCCCCUGCCCGCCUGCUACCAGCACUACAUAGGCAUUAUGGCUGCAGCCAGGCACCAGUGCUCUUAUCUGGUUAAUCUACACGUGAAUGACUUUAUUCAUAAUGGAGGGGACCAGAAGUGGUUAAAUGGCCUUGAAAAUGCUCCACAGAAACUUCGCAACCUAGGGGAGUUGAAUAAGUUGUUGGCACACAGACCGUGGCUGAUCACAAAAGAGCACAUUGAGCAAUUGCUAAAGACUGGGGAGCACAGCUGGUCUUUGGCAGAGCUGAUCCAUGCAGUAGUUCUCCUUGCACACUAUCACUCCUUGGCUUCUUUCACUUUUGGCUGUGGAAUAAGUCCUGAAAUUCACAGUGACGGGGGCCACACUUUCCGCCCCCCAUCUGUCAGCAACUACUGUAUCUGUGACAUAACAAAUGGCAACCACGGAGGGAAUGACCGUUAUCAGAAAGCAAGAGGCACGGGCUCAGAUGCUUGUUGUGAAGUUGAAGUUCUCAUGGAGAAAAUGAAACAGCUGCAGGAAAGCAGAGAGGAGGAAGAAGCGAGCCAGGAAGAGAUGGCUACACGCUUUGAGCAAGAGAAAAUAGAGAGCAUGCUGGCUUUUGCCCUAGAAGACGAAGAACCCCCACCAACAAAAGAUGUCUCCAAACAUUUUGAAGAUACGAGUUAUGGUUACAAAGACUUCUCUCGGCGUGGAAUGCACGUUCCCACCUUCCGAGUGCAGGAUUUCAGCUGGGAAAACCAUGGCUACUCCUUAGUCAAUCGUCUGUAUCCAGACGUUGGGCAGCUACUAGAUGAGAAGUUUCACAUUGCAUAUAACCUAACUUACAACACCAUGGCAAUGCAUAAUGAUGUAGAUACCUCAACACUGAGACGGGCCAUAUGGAACUAUGUACACUGUAUGUCUGGAAUAAGGUAUGAUGAUUAUGACUAUGGGGAAAUAAAUCAGUUAUUGGACCGUAGCUUUAAAGUUUACAUUAAGAAUGUGGUGUGUAGUCCAGAGAAGACGACAAAAAGAAUGUAUGACUGCUUCUGGAGGCAGUUCAAACACUCGGAGAAGGUUCAUGUUAAUCUGCUUCUUAUGGAAGCGAGGAUGCAAGCUGAGCUCCUGUAUGCUCUGAGAGCAAUCACUUGGUAUAUGACCUGACUGCUUUUGUCUAUAGCAAAAUCUAUAAACAAAGGUUCCACGGGGAAAUCUGCAUUCUGAACUGCCAACUUCCCUACUUGGUAGCUACCUUUUUAUUUUUCUUCAGAAGUCUAUUGUGCCAUAAUUGCCAUCAUAUCUAGCUGUAUGGUUAGUACCGCUGACUUCUCACAGUGAACUGACAGUUGAAUGUCGUGAAAAAAGAUGUCGCCUGGUGAACUCGCUAUGGACACAUAAAAGUCUGAUCUCUGAAAUCCAGCAAUGAUGCAUGUCAUUGCAGCGAAAGGCACUUAAGUGUUGAAGAUGGACUGGGAAACGUGUACUUUUUCACAAAGGGGGACGAUGGUGGUGCUGCUCUUCUGUUGACAAGAUGCAAAUGUCCCACAUAAGCUAAACAAACCAAUAAACAAAAAACACAAUCGUGAACACUGCUACAAUCUGAGCCUUGUUAUAACAUACAGAAAGUGUGCAUUCCAUACAUUAGUGCAUGUUUUUCUUUUGCAUAUAACAGCAAACCUAUAUAUACUGGGUAUGUUCAGUGUUCUACAACUACAAGAAAUAUAUCUUGGAUGUGAAAUGUUCACUUUGUAAUAUCGCACUGCUGAUCUCUUUUUAGCAGCGGUUUGGUAAUGGGAUGCUGUUGAAUCACUAGUCAUUUGUUGCUGCUGCUGAAAAACACCUGCGGUUUACAGUUUCAAACUUAAUUACGAUGUGAAUGUUACAAAAAAAAAGCUGGUCUUGGAAGAUAAAUGUAUGGAAGGGUUUGUAUUAUGAACGUAUAGAUUGUUAAAUAUCUUUUGACGCUUUUUUUCAGUAUUGACAUUUUCUAAAUAAAGAACAAGAAACAAA